AUGCGGAUGUCCCGCAUCACCCAGUACACGGAGCAGUGGGUCUACUGGUACCCGAACCAGCACACGUUCAACAUGUAUUACGGCCCAGAGUCGCACAAGGAGAACCCCGACUUCCCUGCGCCCUCAGGUGGCUGGCCCGCUCCCGGCGGCCCCUACGAUAUUCCCAUGUACACGGCCAAGAAGGCGGUGUCCGGCUGGGCCCCCGCGCAGCUGUCGGCGUCCGUGGGGCGGCAGGGCAGGAGUGGCGGGUUCGCCGGGGGCAGCGCGCGGGCCUUCGGCUCCGCGAAGCGCUCCGUGGCCGCCAUGCGCGCUCACAAGAUGGCCGCGUCGAGCACGAAGAACCAGGGCGGCGGCACCAACAUCCCCAAGUGGGUCGGCGUCCAGCAUUCGGGCUUCCAGGGCAACGCCGUCAAGGCGGGCACGCUGCUUGUGAGGCAGACUGGGGUCAAGUGGGCCACGGCCGGCGGCGGCGUGAAGAUGACCAGGAGCUCGGAGGAGGAAGAUCGGGAUGGUAUCGUGCAGUGGCGCGGCAGUCCUGGCACCAAAGCUGAAGGCGGCAAGGGCGAGGUCUCUGUCGUGCCAUGGGAGUACGUUCGCGCCAAGUGCGAAUGGGCAGUCGACGAAAGCAACGAGUGCACGCUGGUUUACAAGGAGUACAAGCCAUGGAUGGGCACCCACAUGCACGACAAGACGGCGACGUUCAACGGCGCCAAGAACGGCCUGCGUCGCAAGAUCAUGGCCCAGAAGCGUAAGAUCUGGGAAGAGAGCCCCGAGGGGCAAGAGCAUUUGAAGAAGAAGCAGGAGAAGCGGGAGAAGCAGAAGGCGAUCAACGCAAAGUGGAGGGCGUACAGGACGGCGAAAAGAGAGGAGAAGGCGAAGGAAGCGGUCGACAAGUGA